AUGUCCGGCAAGCUUGACAAGUCUCUCGACGAAAUCCUCGUCAACCGUCGUCAGAACGCGCGCCGCCGCACCCGGCGCCCAGCUGCUUCGAAGCCUGGCAGUGCUUCGGUCCCGGUCGGAGGAGUGAAGAAGAAUGCAAAGCCCACCAAACCCACUGCAAAGGGUGUUCAGGGUGGACACCCCGUUUCCUCAGAGAGCAAGAUCAUGGUCAGCGGCUUGCCUUCCGAUGUAAAUGAGGGCAAUAUCAAGGAAUAUUUCACAAAAUCCGCAGGUCCCGUUAAGCGCGUCAUGCUCACUUACAACCAAAACGGCACUAGCCGCGGCAUUGCUUCGAUUGUCUUCAGCAAACCCGACACAGCUGCCAAGGCUGCUAAGGACUUGAACGGAUUGCUUGUUGACGGACGACCUAUGAAGAUUGAGGUUGUAGUUGACGCCUCUCAUGCUCCCAGCGUUCCCGCACCCAAGCCUCUCGGCGAGCGUGUCGCUCAAGUCAAGUCCCAACCUAAGCCCGCUACUGCGGCCAAGACCGCCGCCGCUGCUCGAGGACGUGGACGUCGCGGCCGCCGUGGUGGCGCUGCUGCUACUGGCCGUACCUCGAACCGCCCUAAGCAGAAGACUGUAGAGGAGCUUGAUGCGGAGAUGGUUGACUACUUCGCUGGCAAUGAGAACGCAGGUUCCGCUGAUGCCAGCGCACCGGCAGCUGCUAACGGUGCUGCUCAACAGCCUGCCGCCGGCGGCGAGGAUCUUGGAAUGGCUGAGAUUUCUAUCGUCUACUUGCCGUUGUUUCUCAAGUGA